UCGCCGCUAAAAUCCGAUUCAUAAAUGUGAAGAUGGGUGUUACAACAGGAUGGGGCGGAGGUGGAAGGUUAAUCAAUAUAAUUGGUAAAACGAAAUCUCUAAGAAUCUUGGGAGCAAGUGAGGUGUUAACUGGACAACAAGCGUAUGAUAUAGGUUAUGCAGAUUUAAUUGCAGAAAAGGGUGAAACGAUUAGCAAAUCUAGAGAUUUUCUCGAUCCUUAUAUAUAUUUUUCUUCGCCAAAGAAAGGGGAAUCAGAUACAGAAAGAAAACGAAAUUCGGUGAAAGCGGUUCGUGGAAUGAAAGCGAUAAUCGCUAAAGCGAACGAUAGUGGAACGCAAAGAAAUUAUAUUCGUUUUGAACAUGCUCUGUUUAAUAGUCUUUGGGGACGAGAAGAAAACCUUAACGCAAUAUCCAAAGCACAAUCGGAAAGAAAUAAUCAAAAAAAAAAAACAUUUUGUAGUUAUCGUUGUAUUUAA